AUGCGUAGCCUUAUUGAGUGGAAGGGAGAUGAAGUUGGAGAAAGAAUGUUUCCUAAGCUUGAGAAGUUGACGAUUAGGAACUGUCCAUUGUUAAAAAGUACUCCGAAUCAAUUUGAAAUCCUCCGUGAAUUAGUAAUUGUCAGAGUUGACAGUGAAAUGCCAUUGUUGAACUUGUGCAGCAACUUGACAUCUCUCAUAGGGCUUGAAGUCUAUGAUAUGAAAGAGCUCACUUGUUUGCCAGAUGAGAUGCUACGCAACAACAUUUCUCUUCAAAACCUAAUGGUCUCAGGCUGUGGAGAGUUUCGUGAAUUGCCACAAAGCGUGUACAAUCUCCAUUCUCUUAAGCACUUAACGAUUGGUAACUGCACGAAUUUCAGUUCUUUUCCUGUUCCGAGUGAAGAGAAUUAUUUGACUUCCCUCCAAGAUCUUCGGUUAUUGGAUUGUGAUGGAUUGAGCAGUUUACCAAGUGGAAUGCUAGAGCAUUGUCGGUCUCUGGAAACUUUGAGUGUCAGCUGCUGUGACAAUUUAGUUUCAUUCCCUUUACAUGUGGGGGAAAUGCCUUCACUUUCCUAUUUGUAUAUAUCACAAUGUCCCAAAUUGAUUAGUUUACCCUCAGGGGGUAUUCACCAUCUCACUGAGUUAAGUGAACUGGAAAUUGGUCCUUUCUCAGAGAUGGUGGAUUUUGAGGCAUUCCAAUUGAUUUUUAAUGGCAUUCAGCAGCUGCUGUCCCUUCGUACAUUGUGGGUGUAUGGACAUGGUCACUGGGAUUCUCUGCCCUAUCAGUUUAUGCAACUCUCUGACUUAACAAAGAUCCAAAUAUAUGGAUUCGGAAUCGAGGCUCUUCCUCAUAGAUUUUGCAACCUUACUUCUCUUGGAACGUUAAGGCUAGUGAGGUGCAAACGGCUACAGAACCUGGACUUCUCAUAUGUCAUGCCCAAAUUACAAUAUCUGUGUGUAGAGGAAUGUCCAUUGUUAGAAGCUCUGUCGGAUGGGCUUGGCAACCUUGUUUUUUUGGAACAGUUACAUUUAGUAAACUGUGAGAAACUAGAGCAUUUGCCAUCCAGAGAUGCCAUGCAACGCCUCACCAAAUUAUGGAACCUGGGAAUUAAAGGCUGCCCAAAGUUAGAAGAAAGUUGCACCAAUCGGAGUGGUCCAAACUCCCAGUGGUCCAACAUUUCCCAUAUUCAAAAAAUUAAAGUUGGUGGAAGCACAAUUCAGGACUUGCAUUCUUGAAUGAAACAAUGGCAUGAAACUUGUCGAGAUGGUAUACUGAAGCAGACUUCUCUUAGAUGUGUUUAAGUGUCGUGAUUAGCCAGGGAAAUUACAUUAGGCAGAAACUGGAGAGGAGAUAUUAUUUACUUGUAUGACUAAGAUUUGACAGCAGAGGCCUUUCUUGCACAGUGUUCAUGCCUUUUUGUACAAAGAGUUUAUUGUUUCCAGCAAACAUUUUGAACUUACUACUUAGCUGCUGCAUCAUUGCCUAGUUCAUAUACAUCUUCUUUAAUCAGUUAAUGUAGCUGUUCUUUUCCUCUUCA